UUUUUGACUUCUGUGUCUACGAUCUAAUUUCCUUGAAAUUGCAGAGUUCUUUUUGCUGAAUUUCUCGGGGGUUUUUAUAUUAUUGUAAUACAUCAGUGGGUCUUUAAUCUUCGUUGGAUUCAGAUUUUGGGUUAAAAGUUCUCUGCUGAUCACAGUUUGUACUGGGUAGAUCUUAUAUGGUAGUUUUUCUUAACUAUCAAGCUGCCAAUGCGUGCUCCCUCCUUGCUUGCACAAUGCUUGCCGGGCUUGGUGCCCCAAGAUCGUGGCAGUGUAUCAACAAUAUCGGACAGGGAUAUGCACCUACCUUCACCAGCUGUGGAAAUUCUUCCCUCUAAGGCAGUUCAUCCAUAUAAGUAUAUGGGGGAGAAUGUAGACCUUCAAGGCCUCAAUGUAUUUAGGGGAAGGAUUAGUGUUGCUGAUAUCAUUGGGUUUUCUAGUUCAGAAGUUAUAUCAUCAAAACAUGAUGCCUCUAUGAAAUCUUGGGAUGGUUCUAUAGAUCUCGUUAAUGUCCUUAAGAAUGAGAUUCGGGAUGGACAAUUGAGGUUUAGAGGAAAAAGGGUACUUGAGUUAUCUUGCAGCUAUGGACUUCCAGGUAUUUUUGCUUGCCUGAAGGGGGCUUCUACAGUGCACUUCCAAGAACUCAGUGCUGAAACUAUCCGAUGUACAACUAUCCCAAAUGUUCUUGCUAAUCUUGAGCAAGCUCGGGACAGACAGAGUCGGCAGCCAGAGAGCCCCUUGACUCCAUCAAGACAAGCUCUGGCUCCAUCCGUUCAUUUCUAUGCUGGAAAUUGGGAUGAACUUCCUAAUGUGUUGUCUGUUGUAAGGACCGAAGUUCCAGAAGUGACCAGGAUGAGCCUUAGCUUUUGUUUGAGACCUCGAUAUGGAAUGGUAUACCUGGCAACAAAGAAAAAUUAUGCUGGUUUCAACAACGGAGCUCGUCAAUUGAGAAGUUUGGUGGAUGAAGAAGGCAUAUUGGGAGUGCACUUAGUGAAGGAAAUAGCCGAUAGGGAUAUCUGGAAGAUUUUCCUCAAGUGAAAGGAAAGCUAAGAACUUACAAAACAAGUGCCUGGUAAAUCUGGUUACUAGUUAGAACUCAAGCUAUCACCUCUCUUAAGAGUACUGUUCGUAUAAUACAGACCACAAAUUCUUCCUUUUUUUAUUUUUAUAUUAUUUAUUCUUGUUACCACACUGGAUUCAGAAUCAGAACGCUAAGUAAACAUGCUUCUAUUUUUGCUGCCAUCGAUAUAUGUAUUUUAUUUUUUUA